GGCAGUGAAGGGAGGACAUAAACGUAAUUUUGAGGCAAAGGCAGGUAAAUUGGACUUUAUUCAAAACCCUAGGGUCCCUAAAUCCUUCACCCGAAAGCAUUAGCACACUCUCUUCUCUAUUGGAGUUCCGCGGCGCAACGGCUAGCUAGACCACCGGAAGCAGGGCUAAAGGGACACAAAACAAAAUGGAGGCAGCAAGAACGGUGAAGGAUGUCUCUCCUCACGAGUUCGUUAAGGCCUACGCUGCCCACCUCAAGCGCUCCGGAAAGGUUGAGCUUCCUCCAUGGACUGAUAUUGUGAAGACUGGCACUUUGAAGGAGCUUGCACCCUAUGAUCCUGAUUGGUACUACAUAAGGGCUGCUUCCAUGGCGAGGAAAAUAUACUUGAGGGGUGGUCUUGGUGUUGGUGCGUUCAGGAGGAUCUACGGAGGGAGCAAGAGGAAUGGUAGUCGCCCACCUCAUUUUGGCAAGAGUAGUGGAUCUAUUGCCCGACACAUUCUUCAGCAAUUACAGAACAUGAACAUCAUUGACCUUGAUCCUAAGGGCGGUAGAAGAAUUACAUCUAGUGGCCAGAGGGAUCUUGACCAAGUUGCUGGACGGAUUGCAGUUGCUCACUGAGUGAUUUACUCCAACUUUGAUGAGGAUGAUGGAAUAUUGGAGUCUAGUUCUUUAAUUGGAAGUAGAUGUAGAGAGUACUGUUAAUUAAUUACCUUCUUGGUUUGCCUGGUACUUUUUACGUUAAACAUGAGUUUUUCAUGUCCUAUUGUGGAAGUUUUUGACUUUUGCCUUCAAUUUUAUAUCCGGAUUCUUUUCUUGAA